GCCUGUGCACCUGCGCGCGGGCAGCUGCCGUGGCUGAGGAGGAAGCGCCGCGAGCGGCCCCGCCCCGGGUGGCUGAGGGAGGAUGGCGGAACAACGCGCCGAGAACCUGUCGGUGGUUCUGCAUCGCGCCGGGGACCUGCGCCUGGAAAAUCGCCCAGUCCCAGAACCAGGUCCCAAUGAGGUGCUGCUGAGGAUGCAUUCAGUUGGAAUCUGUGGGUCUGAUGUCCACUACUGGCAGCAUGGUAGAACUGGGGACUUUAUUGUAAAGAAACCCAUGGUGCUAGGGCAUGAGGCAUCCGGAACUGUCAUCAAAGUGGGGUCAUCAGUAACCCAUCUGAAGCCAGGUGAUCGAGUGGCCAUUGAGCCUGGUGCUCCACGAGACAUCGAUGAAUUCUGCAAAAUUGGACGCUACAACCUGUCUCCAACUAUCUUCUUCUGUGCGACACCUCCCGAUGACGGAAACCUGUGCCGAUAUUAUGCACACAAUGCCAGCUUUUGCUACAAGCUUCCAGAUAACAUCACCUUUGAAGAAGGGGCCCUCAUUGAACCACUUUCUGUGGGAAUCCAUGCCUGCCGAAGAGGCGGAGUCACUCUGGGAUCCAAAGUCUUAAUCUGUGGGGCUGGACCCAUUGGGCUAGUUUGCUUGCUCGUCGCCAAGACGAUGGGUGCUGCCCAGGUAGUAAUCACUGAUUUAUCCACCUCCCGCCUGGAAAAAGCCAAAGAGAUCGGGGCAGAUUUCACCAUUCAGAUAAAGAAAGAGACCCCAAAGGACAUGGCCUGCAUGGUGCAAGGUUUGCUUAACUGCAUGCCUGACAUAACCAUGGAGUGCUCCGGGGCAGAGGCCAGCAUCCAAACUGGCAUUUACGUGAGUUCUUCCUUCCCCUAUCCAAGAUCAGUGCCGGCAUUUACUUCUCUCUUUUCAGGCCACUCGCUCGGGCGGGACCCUGGUUCUGGUGGGGCUGGGACCGGAGAUGGUCCAUGUCCCCAUCGUGAAUGCUGCUGUGCGGGAAGUGGAUAUCAAGGGGAUAUUUCGCUACUGCAAUACGUGGCCCAUGGCGAUUGCUAUGCUUGCAUCCAAGAGAGUGGACGUCAAGCCUUUGGUUACACACCGCUUCCCUUUGGAAAAAGCGCUGGAGGCCUUUGAGACAACCAAGAAGGGCUUGGGGGUGAAAGUUAUCCUGAAAUGUGACCCCAGUGACCAGAAUCCCUGAAGCAUGGCACUGCACUCCUCCCCUAUUAUACUGCCUGGCUUAAAGAUGAAGAAUGAGCUCUCUAGAGAGAUGGGAAAUGUAAUGAUAAGUUUAUAAGUAGUAUAUAGUGUUCGAGGAAUAAAGUUUUGGUCACCUGUUGUGCAGACAGUGCA